AUGGACUCUCAUACUUUAUAUGUUGGAGGAGGAACAUCACAAGUUCCUUUCAAACUCUAUGAAGAAGGAUAUAAACGUGUGACAACAAUUGAUUAUAGUGAGGGAGCAAUGGAAUCAAUGAGGAGAAAGAAUACAAAUCCCGAUUUGGAGUUUUUAACAAUGGAUGCAAAACAUACCAAUUUUCCUUCAUGGUAUUUUGAUUAUAUUGUUGAUAAGGCUUGUUUUGAAUCGGAAUUUUGUGCUGAUUGGACUCAUGGAGCAAAAACCUACUUGGAUGAAAUCAAUAGAAUUCUAAAACCUGGUGGAAUGUACAUGAUGAUUUCACACUUUUCUCCAGAUAAACGAUUACCCUUACUUGAAGUGGACUAUUUGCAAUGGACAGUACUUGUGGAAAGACAAAACAAACCAAAUUUCAGUACAAUACCAAACGAUGAGAAUGACAGUUUCUAUUAUUUGUACGUUUGUAAAAAGGCAGACGUAAAUAAACGGUAA